CUAUCCACCAAAAAAAUUUACACAGAAGAAGAAAUGGCCAACGUCCAACAGAUUGUCGAAGAUAUUAUUGCGAACAAUAAGGUUGUCGUCUUCUCAAAGUCUUAUUGUCCUUACUGCCGCAAGGCUAAGGAGAUUUUGAAGCAAAAUGGAUGUAAAGAUUUCUUUGUUAUCGAGCUCGACGUAGAUGACAAUGGUGCUGCUAUCCAAGACUACCUUAUGGAAAAGACUGGUCAACGUACCGUUCCUAACAUUUUUAUCAACCAAAAGCACAUUGGUGGCUGUGACAGCUUGAGUGGUCUCGACCGUCAAGGUGAACUUAAGAAGUUGUUAACCCAUAAAGCGUGAUUUAGUACCUGUUAUUACCCUGCUUGUACUUCUCUUGUUAUCAAAGCUGUCCAUUUCCGACUGCUACCUUAGCUCAAUUGGCCAGGCCUGAUACUGCCACAUUAAAUCGAAGAAUGCUUCUUAUUGUUCAAAUUAUUGUAUGUUACGGGGUUUCAUUGCACUGCUGAUCCAGUUGUGCUGUUGGACUUGAUUGUAAAUACUUGCCAUUUGCGCGUUUCACUUUGAUACGUACACAUGUUGUCAUGCUUUGAUAAUAUAGCGCAUAUCUUACUGUUUAGUUUGUGUUAUAUUUUUAAGCAGUUGGUUCCCUAUGGUUUUUGAAGAGAAAUACUUCUUUCAUUACUACUCUGCUCUUGUAAAGGAUAUUCAAAAGCAGGAGCUUUGUUGCAAUUGAUUUGCCCACAAGAUCAAAUUGAAUCGCAGU